AUGCUAAUUGAUUCAGGUAGCCAGGGCUCAUUUAUUCGAGAGCACUGUGUAAAUUUACUGCAGUUAAAGCGCACUAGUGCAAACAUAAGUGUAAAUGGCCUGAGCUCGCAAAAAAUUGGAAAGGUUUCAGGUUCAGUUCAAUUACAAGUAACAUCUCCAUUUUAUAAAAACGCAAGCAUUUCAGUUAAUGCAUUAAUUAUACCCAAGAUCACGUGUGACCUCCCUCACUAUCAAGUUGAUAGAUAUGUUUUGACAUCUUUCAAACAUUUGUGGUUGGCAGAUACAAAUUGUUUCCAGCCUGGCCCAAUAGAUAUUCUUUUGGGCGCAGAUGUAUUUGGCGAGAUAAUGCUUCAUGGACGUUUAACUGUUCCGGGUCAUUCGUUAACAGCCUUGGAAUCAAUAUUCGGCUGGGUCAUUAUCGGAAAGACUAAGAGUGUAUCGCAGACAAUUGUAUCGAAUCAUGCUAGUUGUACCAAUGUUCAGCUCCAGCUUGAAAAAUUUUGGAAAUUGGAAGAAAUUUCGGACAUAAAGCAUUACACAGAAGAGGAAAUUGAAUGUGAAAAUCAUUUCAAGCGGAAUUUUUCUCGUGAUUCAACAGUCAAUAUCACAAAUUUAUGGAGGACUAUCAACCAACGACUUGGUCAUAUGGAAUUGAUUCCAGAAAAUGAAAUUGAUGUUCCAGCUAAUUCUAGUUUUUACCUUCCGCACCAUUCAGUUCCGGAUAAAAAUGGUGAUAAAUUUCGAGUCGUAUUUGAUGGUUCUGCAAAAUCUUCUAGCGGUAUUUCUCUUAAUGAGAAAUUGAUGGUUGGUCCACAGUUGCAGAUUGAUCUGACAACAUUAAUUAUUCGUUUCAGAAUUCACAGAAUAGCUAUAACUGCAGAUAUAGAGAAAAUGUACAGACAAAUUAUACUAAAAGAUGCAGACUUUCAGAGAAUAGUCUGGCGCGAUUCACUUUAUAAACCAAUUCAGGAUUUUCGAUUAACUAGGAUUGCUUACGGUACUGCAUCAGCUUCGUACCUUGCGGUAAGAUGUUUACAGCAGUUAGCCAUAGAUGAAGCAACUAAUUUUCCUUUGGCUUCCAAGACAUGUCUUAGGGACUUCUACGUUGAUGAUUUGAUGUCCGGAGCCAGUUCAGUUACUGAAGCUAUAAAAUUACAAAUGCAAUUGAAUCAGAUGCUGUCACACAAUGAUGAUACUGUAAAAACGUUAGGUAUCCUGUGGCAUCCAGCUUCAGAUAUGUUUUUAUUCAAAGUCAAUUCAUCAUAUCCUGAAGUCUUAACCAAACGAACAUUACUUUCAAUAAUCGCAAAGACCUUUGACCCUCUUGGAUGGUUGGCACCGAUCACGGUUCGGUAUAAAUUGAUUAUGCAAAGAUUGUGGAAACAUCAGUUUCAGUGGGAUGAAAAGGUUCCUCCAGAUAUUGAAUGUGAGUGGAAACAACUUACAGAAGAUUUGUUAUUUAUUAAAAGUAUCAAAAUUUCACGAUUCUUGUUGGUUGAAUCAGAUAACCAGUUUCAACUGCACGGGUUUUGUGACGCCUCAGAGAAGGCCUACGCCGCUGCAAUUUAUUAUCGUUCUGUGUUAGAUACUGGACAAAUUAAUGUUCAGUUAGUGAUAGCCAAAACAAGAGUUGCACCACUAAAAACCAUAUCACUUCCCCGAUUGGAACUUUGUGGAGCAUUACUGUUGACUAAAUUAAUGGAUUUCACCGGUAGGGCUUUAAAUACUCCUAUAUCGCAAGUUUAUUUUCAUACUGAUUCCACUAUUGUAUUAGCCUGGAUAAGAUCUCAUGCAAGCCGAUGGAAGACCUUCGUCGCCAACAGAGUAGCAAAAAUCCAGACUUUAUCCUCUCCUGUCCAGUGGCAUCAUGUGAGUGGAAAUGCUAAUCCUGCUGAUCUUGCAACCCGUGGUGUGUUAUCAUCUGCACUGGUUACUUCAUUGUGGUUACGUGGUCCAGAUUUAUUGUAUAAUUUAUUUCCUUUUAAGCAAGCAUUAUCUGCACCACUACUGAAUGAUUCUGUGCCAGAGCAAAGAUGUGCUUUACAGUCUACAACUGCUGCCAGUCACUUGACAGACGCUCAUGAUUUAUUUUAUAUAAUAUUCCUUCUCUCACUAAACUUAAACGUGUUGUAG